AUGGAUAACGAAAGAGAACAAAGAAGAGAAAAAGUCUACAUAAUCAGCUCUGAGGGAUAAAAUAAUGAAUUAGAUUUUGAUUCAGUUCUUAACAUUGAUGAUAAAGGAUUAUCAAAUGAAUCUGAUUUUAAAAGUAUCGAUUUAAAUGAGCCUAAUUUCAACGAAACACAUACAAAAUAUCAAGCAAAGGAAAUUAUGAACUGA